UUGGCGGGAAAGGAGCUGCCACGGUCCCUUACCCUCCGCUGGUGAGGGGCGGCUGGCGGCGGCGUGUCCCGGGCGGGUUGCUGUGGCCAGCAUGGACGCGGCGGAGGUGGAGUUUCUGGCCGAGAAGGAGCUGGUCACCAUAAUCCCAAACUUCAGCCUAGACAAGAUUUACCUCAUCGGGGGGGACCUGGGGCCUUUUAACCCUGGUUUACCAGUGGAAGUGCCUCUGUGGCUGGCAAUUAACCUGAAACAGAGACAGAAGUGUCGGCUGAUUCCUCCUGAGUGGAUGGAUGUGGAAAAGUUGGAGAAGAUUAGGGAUCAUGAACGAAAGGAAGAAACUUUUACCCCUAUGCCUAGCCCUUACUACAUGGAACUUACCAAACUCCUGUUAAAUCAUGCUUCAGACAAUAUCCCGAAAGCAGAUGAGAUCCGGACCCUGAUCAAGGAUGUGUGGGACACUCGCAUAGCCAAACUGCGGGUGUCUGCUGACAGCUUUGUGAGACAGCAGGAGGCACAUGCCAAGCUGGAUAACCUGACCUUGAUGGAAAUCAACACCAGCGGGGCUUUCCUCACACAAGCACUCAACCACAUGUACAAACUCCGUACAAACCUGCAACCUUCUGAAAGCAUCCAGUCUCAAGACUUCUAGAGAAAGACCUGAACUUAUAAAGGCCUUGCAUCUACUGGCCAGAGGCUUGCCAGGUGGUGUGUGAGUGCUCGAGACAUGACUGAGGUACUAUUAUCUCUGGAGUUCUAGAACCCCUUUGAAUGUAUGAAAAACUGUAAUGAAACAAGGAAUGGGUUCAUAACAUUGUUGGAAAGCAACAGAUUUGUGCUUAGUCCUCGAGACAUUCUUUAAUUCCACAUCUGUCUUUAGGAGCCGGCUGUUCCCUUUAUGGAGGAAAGGAAGCAGCCUUGGCAAAACAAGUGAUUUUCCCUAGCAGAACCUGUGGUCUCCUGCUCUGCAUUGUCAUGUGGAUGAACAUAUGUGACAUUAAAUGUUGUUUUAAGAUCGAUACAGUAGUGGCGAUGUGGCCUGGGGCUUUUUUCCUUUCUUGAGCCUGAUCUCUUGGGCUAACUUUAGACUCUUGUUCACAUAGAGAAGGAUGGCAGAUGAGUGACAAGAUGUUGAUCACAGUUCGCCAUCUAAACCCAAUAAAGACAGACUCCACCCAAAUCUUGCGUUGGGUUUUUUCCCUGCAUUACUACCAAGUGAAGGGGGCAAAUCGUGUGGCCAGAAUGGUCUGACUGACCAUAUGGAGAUGUGUGGCAGGAAAGGGUGAUCUUUAGACUGACAUUCUGGGUGUCUCUCGUUCUUUUGGCUACUUCUGGUUAAGUGUAGCAGGUUUUUAUCAAGGCGGGGAACUCCCUUGGCUGCUUCACGCUCAGCCACCAUCAUGAAUGACAGAAUAACUGUCGGAUGAGGAAGUUCAUGACCAACUGGACUCCUUCAGUGGAAACAGAUGGUCAUUGAUGUUCUUCACCCCAGGAAGGCAAUAGUAGCUAAGACAGAAUUCAGGAGAAACUAGGCACAAUAUACAAGACCACACUAGAUGUCAUCUUUGUAUUUGGAUUAAGAACCCAUUUUGGUGGUGGCAAGACAACUGACAUGAUUUAGGAUUCCUUGGAUUAUGCAAGAGAAAAUAGAUUUCAACAUUGACAUGCAAACACAGCCUGUAUGAGAAGAGAAAGACCCCAGGAAAACAACAAAAAGGAAUACUAGGGCAGAACGAAGGAAGUCAGGGGGACUGUGGAAGCCAAGGUUGGUGUUGGCAAACAGCUAGAAAUUGGAUGACAGGAGUACAGAUUCUGCAGUGACUUUAUCUCUGCUGAUUGUGCAUUGUGCAGAUCUUUCACAUUAAUAAACUUAAAAGCCUGGGAAAAACAGAUUGCAUGUUCUGGGGUGUGUGAGGCUGAAGUCCAGAUAUUUGGAGGGAAAGUCAGGCCCAUAUUACUGUUCUUGGUGGACAGAGGGGAGAGACCUAGCUGGAGGCAGUAGUGUCUCAACCAAGGGUCUAUUUCUUUUCCUAGGAGCAAUACUUUUCACUUGUAGUGGUUGGAAUUGCUCUAGAAAUGACCUUACCUUGAGCGGAGAAAUGCAGAGGGAGUCCUACAAGGGAUAGAACAUUUUGUAGCCAGCUAGUUUUCGACUGUAGCACUGUCAGUGCAUGUACAUGCACGAUCACCUGAGCCUAAAGAACAGCUUCUGGUUUUUGCCCUUCAGUGUUCAAGGCCCAGACUCCCCUCCCGUUACUUGAGCACGGUUUCUCAGUUCCAUAUCGCUACCCAGCUGUCCCUCAGCUGAGGAUCAUUUGAACACUGAAGGGCCAGGUAUGAACACCUGGUCUGUCAUUUAAGGUGACUGUUCUAGAGCGUUGCUUUCAGAUGACAGGACUUGCCUUUCCAUCUGGGGGCUCUUCUAGAAUGAAACCACACGGUGCUGAGGAGGGUCAGAGUCUCGUAGAUCCUGGAUCUCACCCCUUAAGACCUUGUGCUCUUGAAACCUGGCUGAGGUUAUUAUCCAAUUUGUCUUCACAUUUUACCCGUAAAGCUUGAUGGUUGAGCUUUUCUCCCCCACCCCGC